UCGACGCCAUUAGAACUGCUUGAAAAGAACGCGUGUCUUAUUUUUCCGAAACAUAUUUUAAGUUUUCUUUGUUUGGUAGGACAUACAAAUGAAAAUGGUGGGUAAUACACCUCAAAAACAACAGGGCCAAAUGAAAUCAGAGCCCAAAAGUGCGGAGAAAGGUGAAAAUAAACAAGAAAAGCCCGAUCACAAAGGACAGCAAGGCGGCGGAGGAGGUCCUAAACAUUUUAAUCGAGACAAUCGUGGUGGUGACUUCAAAAAUGAAAGAAAUCGAAGUUUCGGUGGGAACAGACGUCAGGAUAACAGAGGGGGAAAUGGAGGCGGUCAAGGAGGAGGGGGAGCUGCUGCUGCUUCACAGGCACAAUCAUCUGAUGAUUCGACACCAGCCCCACCUAAAAAAUUUACUGGAAGAUGUCGGUUAUUUGUUGGAAAUCUUCCCCUUGAUUUCACGGAAGAUGAUUUUAAAGGUUUAUUUGAACCCUUUGGUGAACAUUCAGAAGCCUAUGUUAAUGGAAACCGAGGGUUCGGUUUCAUCCGCAUGGACUUUAGACACAAUGCUGAGGCUGCUAAAGCUGGGUUAGAUGGUACUACUAAAAAAGGAAGAACGUUACGUGUACGAUUUGCUACCCAUGGUGCUGCUUUGAAAGUGAAGAAUCUUCAUCCAACCGUCUCAAAUGAAUUAUUAGAACAGGGCUUUGCACAGUUUGGUGAACUGGAACGAGCUGUGGUUAUUGUUGAUGAUCGAGGCAAAUCUACUGGGGAAGGCAUUGUUGAAUUUGUUAGAAAACCUGGAGCUCAACAAGCACUCCGACGUAUCAAUGAAGGUGUAUUUUUGCUAGGAACAUCUCCACGUCCAGUUAUUGUUGAACCAUUAGAACAGAAAGACGAUGAGGAUGGCAUGCCAGAUAAAUUCAUCAACAAGAAUGACCAAUAUAAAAAAGAAAGAGAAAAGGAGCCUAGAUUUGCACAGCCAGGAACUUUUGACUAUGAGAUGGGAAUGAGAUGGAAACAAAUGGAAAAUUUAGAAAAGGAAAAAUUGGAGCGAGUCAAGAAAGAAAUGGAGGAAGCUCAAAUAAAAUUAGAAGAUGACAUGCAAAAUGCUUUGUAUGAUUAUCAAGCUGAACAGAUCCGACAAGAUUUAAUGAGACAACAAGAGGAGUUAAGAAGAUUAGAGGAAUUGAAACAACAAGAUCAAAUGAGAAGAAGACAGGAGAUGGAAAUGAGAAACCGAGAUGAAGAAAGAAUGCGACUAGAGGAAGACCGCAGACGACAAGAUAUGAUGAUGAGACAGCAGAACAUGGGACAAGGUGGACCAGGACGACGAGGCCCUCCUAUGAUGGAAGGUCGUGGUCAUGAUGAUGGCAUGAAUGGUGGUCGUCAAGGAGGUGCUCCACCCAUGCAGCCCCCACCCAUUCCCCCAGCAGGCAUGGGGUUAAAUCGCCCAGGAAAUCAGAAUCCGUCGUCUGGACGUAAUAUUAAUGAUUUGAACAGCAAUGAGGUUGUUGACUGUCAAUCAGCAGAACAACCUGACAGGCAUCCAAUGAUGGGUGGCAAUUCUGGUGGUCAAGGAAGAGGUCCAAGCAUGCCAGGUGGUAGUGGAAAUCAAGGGCCAAUGCGUCAGUCUCGAUUUGAUCAGACAACGCCUAAUUUUGAAGGUGGUAUGGGUGGGCCACCAGGCCCAAGAGGUAAUAUGUAUGGCGGUAAUAUGGGUGGGGGCCCGGGUAUGAGAGGAGGAGAGCGUGGAAUGAUGGAAAGACGCAGAGAGGGCGGCCAAAAUGAAGACUUCGGGGAAUUAAAGAGAAUGCGGAGAUUUUAAGAUGUACUGAAAAACAGUGAAAUGUACAAUUUGACUAUAUCCAUUUGUAAAUAGAAUCAUCAUCAUUAUCCUUGUUUUUGUUGAUCGUGAUCUGUGCUCGCUGUUCCAGCUUCAUUUCAUAGAUGUAUUGUCACGGAGGAAAUAUUUUGAUAAUUAAUAGAACUUUCAACAUUAUGAACUUUAAAACAAAGCUGUUGUCAAACUUUCAAUACUUUUCCUUCCAACAUCUUAUUUCAAUUAUAGAAAGGUGAAUUUUAUUAAAUGAACAUGAAUUUCAACAAAAGGAAAAUAGAAACAUAAUAUGGUUCAUCCAGAAUGUUAGGGCCAGAAUAUUUAUAUCUUUGGCGUCAUCGAUUUUACAUGUAUACAUAUUCAUCCUGAAUUUUAAUUAUGAAUUUACAAAGAGGCUUCCCUGAAACAUUGAACUCAGAACAUACAGGUAUAAAGUGAUCCUUUGUUGAUAACAGAGCAUGUUGAUGAUCUUAGAUUUUUUGUUUUAUUAUUUUUAUUUAAAACUUGUCAUUUGUUUAAUUCAUGUAAGUACCCCCAAAUUAUAGAACUAUAAUAAUGUUAUUUUAAUUAUCAUUGCUAAACCUUGGUCGUACAUUUUAUAUAUAAAUAAAUAUUGUAGUAUACAUGUAGCUAUCUGGGUCUGUUUUAAUUAAUAUUUAAUAAUUAUAGAAAAUUAGAAACAAAUCAGUUUUGGUUGACUAAACACUAAAUACUUGAAAGAAUGUAGAUAAGAUUUUGAUUAGUAAGAGGGAUGUCCUUGAAGGUGGAAUAUUUUGCAGUAUCUUAACAUUCUGACAAUCAGAAAUAGCCGUAAGCUUUAACGAAAAUAGCAGAACAUUUGUAAUGCCUGUGAAGAUCAUUCAGGAUUUUGUCAAUUCAGGUUGGAUAUAUUAGUAUAUAACCAAUGUCAUGUGUGUACAUUUUGAUGCACACUAUUUUUGACUGCUGCAUUUUAUAUGAGUAAUAUUAUUUACCAAUGGUCGAGUGAUUUAAGUCGGACGUUAUUUCUAAAUCUAUUAAUAUAGAUUAUGUACAUGAAUGUAGAACAAAUGGGGUGAUGUGGUGGGAGAAAAACAUGGUGUAAAGAAAUGCACUACAGAUGCUUCACUUGGAAUCCAGGCAUGGGUCCAUGGGUCAUUCUCGUAAUUCGUCAGAAUUUGUAAUAAAAAAAUUGGGAGGGGGGGUGUAAUACAUCUUGGCCAAGUCUUGAGAGGGAGAAGAGCCGUAAGUUGAUUAAAAACUCAGGCCUUCACCUCAAAACUGAUGUUAAAAGUAAACAGUUUACAUCGUCAUCAAUUCUCUUGUCCGUCAUUACCAUCCUGUAUAAUUAAUCAGACCUACAUGAUAAUAAUUGUCCAAUGAAAUUCCAAGAAAUCAUAAUCUGUGUGGUUCGAUUCAUAGUUUGAUAAUAAUCAUGUCAUGCAUGUUAGGAACGGGAUAUUGACAUUUUCUGUUUCAUUUUAUUAUCAAAUUGAUAUCAAAUCUUAUAAUCCUGUCGUGCAAGCCACCUGGAUAUAUUAGAAUUAAAUUUGAAACCCCUGGAUAUGAAAUCCGUAAUACAAAUCGGCCUACGAAUAAAUACUAUGAGACGAAUUGUCCCAUAUCUCAGCUGUGAAAUAAAAUGGCAGCAAAUGUUCCUGCCGCCCCUAGUAAGGUGGCACACCUGCAACGUCUCCCAUUUGCACGACUUGGGCAUGAGGAUUUUUUUUUUUCAGUUAAUUUUUGGGAAGGCGCAAAAUCAUGCCUAGGAGUCAAACACUUGGAAUCAUGUCUUCACUGUUCACUCGCACAAAGGAACUGUGCAGAUAUUGAAAAUCGAGCCAUGGUGGGUAAGAUGCUGGCUCGUUAGCUUGGAGAUCACGUGUUCGAUCCCUGCAUUGGCCAAGAAAGUUCAUCAGGACUGGCGUGCACGUAAAAGAUCCCUUGGCAGUUAGAAUUCGGUGCAAGGGUAGGCCAUAGUGCCGCUGCCAGGGAUAAUUUCCCGCAUAGCACACUGUAUGGCAUAUGCCCAUCUUCAUUAGCCCAGUCGGAGCAGAACAGUAGGACGUUAACCCCAUUUCAUUUCGAUAUUGAAAAUCCCGCUUUUCAAGAAAGUAAUUGCUGCUGUUAUCUGAAUUAAUCCUCAUCGAUUUGCUUGUUAUUGAAAGCAUCCAUAGAAUCAAGUACCGGGGUCGGUUAAGAAAUAAUUGCAGGUUGGCUUAUAAUGCCACUCAUGGGCCUAUAACUGAUUUGAUGGGUUUACGAAAGCAAUGUCAAUGAAACUUAAAUAUAGUAAGUAAAUAUGAAAUCCAUGAAAAAAAAAUGUGCCACAUUUGUGGGGGAGUUUGUUGAAGUGCAGGGUUAACUGGUGAUUCUUCGAGCAUAAUAUACUGCUGUUUAGCCUUAAUUGUAAGAGUUUGGACACUUCAAACAGAUCAAAACAAAUAUGUUCAGGAUUCUUUCAAAAGGCUGUCAACGAUCUUGAACAAUCACAUCAUGUUGAUUUAUCCCCUGGAUUACUGAUAGUUUUCUAUAUAAGGUGAAUUCCUGUCAGCUGUUGUAUUAAUGCAAAAUUGUAACCGUACAGUGUAGGUUGGCUUAGAUUUUCAUUCUUCUGUAACCAUGUCUGUUGUCAGGGUUGUGGUAUUUUCACAAAAUUAGCUCUGCAUGUUUCUUCUCAAAUCUGAAAAGAAUAUAUUGCACAACUCUUUAUUUGAGUUUGCCUUUGUCCCAUCACUAAAAUUUAGAGCUGAAACUGAUUCAUGCAUUAUUUUACGAUUUCUAAGUGGCGUCCCUUUCUGAAAGGUGCUCUGUUAGGCAUGCAUUCGCCCAGAAGCUUUCAAUAAUCAAAGCUGAAGUUCGGAAUUCACAAAUAUUGACAUGGUAGGUAUGCUGAAGGAUGUAUAAUUUGCUUAAUGAGCAACAUUAAAGGAAACUUAUCUUAAUACACCCUUAGAUCUGCUGGCCUUGUUUUAAAAGAUAUUUCCCCAUAUAUCAUUUUGUAUUGUUCCUUACACUGCCUAGCAUUUGUGAUAGAUUGUAUUUUUCAGGAGAAUGAAGAUCCAAUGUCCAGACAAUUUGAUGUGCUUAGAACAGCAAAUUAAGAAAAGAAAUCAUACUUGUUUCAUUUACAUUUUGUGUUCAGAUUGUUUCUAAGAACAUUUAAGAUCAUGGUUCAUUUUGCAACAGUAUUUCUAUCCAAUUUAUUACUUUCUUACCCUUGAGCUACCAUGUAGUACAUGUAAGUAAAUGAUCAAUAAAUUUGUAUUUUAUCUGCCACCAAUCCAUUAAUCAAAAGAAUAAUCAAUCAUAAUUGCCAGGGCUUUAUUUGCGGAAACUGGAUAUUGAGCACUAAAGUUGUAAAGAAAUUAAUGCUAUACCCAAGUGUUUUUUCUCUGAAAGUAGGUGAUGGUGGAUGUUUCACAUCGAUUUGAUUUUAGUAAAAAUGUGCUGAUUGCGAUGCAGAUGAAAGCUGCCAGUCUAUGGGCACCUAUCCCUUUAUUAAUAGUCAUGGAUAUCACAGCCUUGUAGUACCUAUCCUAUGUACCUGGAUGUUGUAUCCCACAAAAUAUCAAUAGUACUAUGUAUCAUUGAAAUACCAGUGGAUGUAAUUUGUAAUUACUAUGCAGUUGCUGCUAUAUUUGGUAAUUGUCAAGAGUUACAGGAAAAUGUAAAUGCACACUUCUCUACAGCACUUUGUGAGGGGCGUGUCAUACCAUACUUGAUUAAUGCAUGUUAACUGAGCCAAACUCUUGUCAUUUUUGUCCCCUGCCUUUCGAAUAAAACGGGGCGACUAUUAAAAUGGGUCUGUCCGUCAAAUUUUUUGGGACAUAACUCUACUAAUAGAGCUAGAAUGUUCAAACUUUGUAAAGGUAUUUAUUAGGUGAAUGCCUUGGAGUUCGCUGAUGAGACUUGUUUAAUUUCAUAACAUCAAUACAUUAACUAAGUUCGGUAAUGAGAAUUUUCUGCUUAGGGUAAGCAGACCGAUAAGCAAUUUGAUUGGUCAAGAUUUUGGAACACAUAUUGAGGUAGAAUGUUCAAACUUGGUGUAAUGUUCAUUAGUUGAAUGACUUGAUGGAAUUCCAUGAUUAACAUUUUCUGCUCAAGCUAAGCAAAGCUAAGCAAUUUCAUUGAUCGAUGCUUUGGGAUAAGAUGACUUUGAUUCUAACUGAUGGAGAGUGAUGAAACUUAGUGUAUAGUUUCACUACCAGGUACUUCAAAACCUUGACUGAGUUUAAUUGUGAACAUUUUAUGCUUUGACUAAGAAUAGAUAAUCAGUUUGAUUGCUCAAUACUUUUGAAAAAGAUAAAGUUGGAAUUUAUCAAUAUGCGUCACCUAUUUAUUUAUGGGAUAUCAGCGGGGGACAUCAGCCUCACUGUUGACUUGUUAAAUGCAGAAAAGGGGUUUCUUGAGUUUGUGGGGUGAAUAUACAUUUAAAAAAAACUGCAGUUUGAAGGAUGCACAAAGUAAUAAACAUCUAUGGGUCACUUGAUGAUUUUUGGGUGAUAGCUCUAUGAAGAUUUGCUGGAGAAACAGUGGAAAGUUAGAAACCAUAAAUUAUUAAUAUGGAUUUAGAAAAGGUAUUAAUUGUAAGAGUACACAUGCCUAUAUUCGGUUGCUUACCUCUCAUAAAUGUUACGGUUAAAGCUUUCUUGAAUUAUCCAUAUCAAAUCACUGAAUCAAAGACAGUAUUUAUUUAUCCAUUUUCAACUGCUUCCAGAGGAAGUUGGUGGGUGGCAAAUGCUUGUACUAUUCAAAAGGGAAGUCUUACUUUAAAGAGGCAAAAUUGGGUUAUUUAUGCAAACAAUAGACAUGUUCUUUGGAUGAUAUGAGACCUAAAUGAGCAUAAUUAGCAGUACUAAGCACCAUUAUAACUUAAUUUGUAUAUUCUGAGCUGAUUUUGAGGGAAAAUGAAAAGAGGGUAGGGUUAUUUAUUCAGUACAAUGUAUUUAGAACAAUCCCAUCUGAAGCUAGUAUGUCAAAAUAAUGUACAUACUGAGAACUGCUACAUGCAUAACCUGUAAACUGAACCUGUUCCAACCAGUGGGAGCGAAAAAUUAACCAAGAUUGAGGUAUGUAUUUUGUGUUUGUGUACAAUUUAGUGUUGAAAACCAAUUACAAAAACAAACAAAAAACCCAAACUAUUGAGGUUUCUUUGGCAUACAUGUACUCUUAACAGCAAAGUAAUGAAGACUAUCGACCAGUGCAAAAAAACUUAAAAUAGAAAUGUUUAUCAUUGAGCUCAAGUGACCAGCUCAUACAAAUAGAAAUGAUUAUUAUCAUUGAGCUCAAGUGUCCAUCUGAUACCUUACAUUAAUUUAUGACAGAGUUGAGCAUUGGCCUGUCUAGUAGAGGAUGUCCUGAAUUAAAAUCAUGACACAUGCUAAGAACCCUCAGGAUCUUUUGUGUCUGAUCCUCACUUGUGAGGGUUGGCAUCUGACGAGGAACGUGUACAACUACCGGUACCCAAAAAAAAAAAAAAGUGGUCCACUGGUGUACACAUUUUCAUGCUCGUAAAAGAUCACUUAGAAGUUGGAAUACUAUAGAGUUUGUGGAAAUGCAGCUCUCUGGGCACUGAAAUGUAAAUUGCCAUAUUGGGUCUCAAAAAGGCAAAAAAUGUUAUACGCCAUGAUUCCCGCAACCAAUGCAGUCCUUAGAAAAAUGUUAAAAAAAGAAAAUUGCUGAAUAUUGAUCCUGUUCAAAAUCAUGUCCUUCAUUUUGGUGCAGCAGUGGACACUAAUUUAUGGGAUUGGCAUACAGUUGCUGAUUUUAAAAAUGAAAUGUUUUUAAAAUUAAUGACAUUUAAUAUUGUUUCUGUUCUAAUAUUUUGAAAUAUUUCUGUCAUACCUUUCUUUUUCGUGUCUUCGCUCUAUUAAACAAAAAUAAUUUAUUUUAUUUAUUACUUCAUAUUAUUUCUAAUACAGAAAUUUUAAAACCAGAGUGAAAUUGAGUGGUAUAUGUGUUUAUCUUUUUGAUUGAGCAAUGCUCCCACUACAUUAAUGCAUAUUAUCAGAUGAGUCACACUUACAUGUAUUUAUUUGUAAUGAUUCGGUUUCAGACCCAUGGGACAUAUAUUGAAAUAUAAAUCAAUGUAUUAAUGUCAAGCUGUGUAUGGCACAUAUAAAGUACUUACAUAUAUGGUUGUCCUGAUGGUGCCCAAGACGGAUUGUGAUUGAAAAUAUGACAUUUUCAUUUAAAUAUUACAUAGCAUAAUUCUCAACUCUUCACGUUUUGUACCUUUGAAAAUUCAGAAUUUAUUAUGGAAUUCAUUAUUUUCUUAAAGUAAAAAGGAAAACUAUUGACAUUUACAAUGAUCAUUAUCUUUAACAUUGAAUGCACCGACCCACAUUCUAGGAACUUGUGGCUAUGCUUGAAGUUGGUCUGAUUGUGAUAAUCUGACAGAACAGUUACCUACGAAUAAUUAUUUACUGUACAACCAAUUUAUAAUAUCCUCAACUAUUAUUGUACACUGGUUUCUCAAAUCAGAAAACCCAUGACUUGAAACAGAAUUUAAUUUCAUUUGUUUUGCAAAGUGUGCUGCAAGAUUUCAAGGUUUUUUCCUGUAGUAUUUUCAUGUCACCAAUCUCUACCAUCGGUUUUUAUAAAUAUCCAUUUUGGCUCAAGCCAGAACAAUGCAGAAUUAGUUUUUAAACAGUACUUAAUGUGUUGAUUGUGAUAUAGGUUUCUCACAAUGCUGUUUUUGUCUUUCACACAAAUGCUUCGGCCUUUCAUAUUUAUGAUUUCGAAAAUUUGAAAGGCAGAUAUUUAUACUUAGAAUAUUUCAUGACUGACAAUUCCUGUACCCCAUGGAUGGUUGUACUUGGCAAUGUUUAUGUAGAUAUAAAAAAAAAAAAAUUUUGUAGGUAUUCAUUUAUUUACUCAUUUGUUGAUUUAAUGCUAAACAUCUGAUACUGAAAAUUUGUUAAAAGUCUAAAGCAGAACUUUGUGACUUUCCUUAUAUUUUAUAACUGAAGCUUGGUACACUGGUCAACUGCUUUAAGUUUUUGAUAAUUUUAAUAAAUGAAAUGUUUACUGAAUUGUUUUCUUAAGUACAUGUAAAAGGUUGAAAAACAAAAUUCCAUUCACAUCACAAAUUGUUGACCAUUGGUAAAGUCAGCAUGUGAUGCAUACUGGUCAACAAUCAGAGCAGAACUUACUAGACAUGGCAACAGUUUUUACCUGGAUUUGAGCUCCCCCAACUGAGAAGUGCUAUCAGAUGUAGACUUUGAACUGGGUGCACCAUAUACGGUAAUAUAAUUUGACAUCAAAUUCCGAAACUGAAGUUUCUGAUGUACCAGUAAACCAUUGUAUACAGGAAGAUAAAAUGUUAUUGAAAUAAUUUGUGGAUGUUCAAGUUUCUAAACAAGUGAAAGUGUUAAUGCAAAUGUACAUGUAACCAAGAUCUUAAAGUAAGAAAUUUAUUUUGAUUUCACCCAAGAUGGUAAUUCAUCCAGAAUUGUAAGCUAUUGUUUACAAUGUAUAGUGCGAUUAGGCUGGCCUCCAGUCUGGAUAAAAAUUGGGUUUCUUUUUUACAAUUUUUGUCUUUUUUUCGAUGACUGGACUGAGGUCGCAGAAACCAUAUCUUUAAGUAAGUCAAAUGCAUCCCUAUGUUGCAUUAAAAAAACAUUUAAAGAUACAUUAUGGGAGAUUCGAUAACGAGUUGGCAGUUCUCACUAUAAUAGUUAAAAACUAGAUAAUGUUAAGGUAAUUUGCUGAAAAUUUCAUUCAAAUUGAUCCACUAUAAACCAAGAACUAAGCAAUUGAUAUUUCCGCCCAGCCACGAUCAUCAUUACUAAAGUCCAUACAAUAAACAGCAUAGUCUCGAUUAUCCAUUUAAUCGUGAAGGAAAGUUAUGCAGUAAAUUGACUCAUAAUCCACUAAAGAUCGCAGGCUAGCGAUGCCAUCUAGAGUUGAUGAUGGUCUGGAUAGGUUAAUUAAUGUCUAAUUAAUAAUUUAGAUAACAUUUCAGGCCUAAAAAAAGACCUGCAAUAGACAGAUUUAGCUCUUGCAUAAUGUAUGUUUAAACUAAAAGAUGAGAAUUUCAUUUUUUAGAAUAUUUUAUAAUAAAUGUUAUUGAAUAUUAUAUAGGAUCAUAAAUCUUCAUUAGGCAUCACUUUCAGCAGCACUAGUUGAAUUUUAAAAAAAACCACUAAAGAUUAUGACUCAUAAACUUGAGCAAUAGGUUGACUGAUUUGUCACAGAUUUUGUGUAGAAUAUAAUCAAACAUCCUCAGUUGACUUCCCAAACACUAAAUCCAUGUCAGAAAUAAAGUGCUAUCUUGUGUUCUAGAAAGAUUAAAGGGGGGGGGGGUAUAUAGCAUGUCUUACCCAUGGGAAGAAUAUAUUGAGAUCCAGUACCAAGUAAAACCUUAAUAUUGCCAUUUUUGAACUAUCAAUAUUCAUUACAAUACUUUUACUAUUUGCAUUGUUGAUUAAUUACAUUUAAUCUAUUUCAAAUUGUACCUAUAUUUCAUUCUGAUUUCAUUAGGAUGGGACCAAAAAAAAACAAGGUGCACAUUGGUGUGCCCAGGACCCUUAGCAGUUGCAAACAUGACUAUAGAAACAAAAAUAGGUGUACGUUAAUCUCAAAAUGACUAGUAUUGUGUUGACAUAACGUUCAACUCUCAGUUCAAUUUUGAUUUAAGACUGUUUCUCCACACUGGCCUACAGUAUAAAUGUUAACGCAAUAACAUGCACACAAAAAAAAAGAACAUGCUAACAUUAAGUAAACAGCUAUAAAAUUCUCUAUGUUUACAAAAAAUAUGUAGCUAUGACGCGACUCAUAUCUGGCAGUUGUAGGCCCUACUUAGUAAUAAUGAUUGCCAUCAAAAUGUAUUGCAAAUUGUUUGUUUUUCAAGUGGUUAUACUUUGUAAUGAUUGUGGGACUGGGGUGGGAGGAGUGAUUUUUUGCCAAAAAAAGCGACUUGAGGUGUUGGUAGCACUUUUCCAUGAUUACUAGUGAUAUCAACAUAUUAGGACAGUGAUGGGCCAACUUUUUAGGUGAUGGGCCAAACACAAAGUUUUGAAACAAAGCCAGGGCCAAACAAGGAUUAUGAAAUAUCAUUUGAAUAAAGUAAUAGGUAAAAAACUAGGUCGAGUGAUGCUGCAAGCUAUAAGUGGACCAAGGUCGGUUAUUGAUCUUACAGAGAGAGAGUAAGGCAUGUUUAGAGCUUGGGCCCAACAAUAAGCAAUUUCGAUUUUUAUUUCAUUUAGAGAUAAAAUUGCUCAUAAAUUCUCCUAUACAGAGAAAGGUUCUGGUGGGCUGGAUUUGCCGUAGUUUGACCAUCACUGUAUUAGGAAGAACUUGUAUAUAUUUUGUUGGGGCCAUUUUUCUAGUUAUCUGAGCUCUCGGAUGAAAAUUUACACUGCAAUUUUUGCAAUCUAGUUAAAUGUCACACCGCCAUGUGUUACUAAAAAGAUAAAAUGUUGUAAAUAUAUAUAUAUAUGCCUAACAUACCUCGUCACUAUUGAAUGAAAUUGUUCUCAAAUGAAUGAUUAUGUCAAAAGUGAUAUUGGGCUCACUGCAAAUGAGUUUUAAUAGGAUAUGAAAAAAAUUAGUCAGUCCGCCGUUGAUAGAAAUUCAAUUUGGCGCUUUUACUGUAAGGAUGCCUAUUAAUGGAUUUAUUUUUCAGAUUGAACAAGCUGUAUAUAAUAUAACUAUGUUACUUGAUUUUAUAUUUACACCCAUGUACAUUCAAUAAUGCAUCAUUCACAAACAAAUAUUUGAAUUCAUUUAUUAGGCCCUUCUAGGUAAGUACACACAUCUCUCAAGAUUAUCUGUCUUAUUUGUAUUAUUAACUUAGUUUUAUGAAUGUAUUUUAGGUAGUAUCAGUUUAUGGUUGAUGUAUUGGUUCCAAUGGUUACCAAGGUCACCCGUUUAACUUUGUUGCCAUGGUUUCUGGUUCAAUUUUGUAUUGAUACACAAGGCAGACAAUGGGUCUCCAAAGUAAUGGUUAUAACAGUGGCAGAUACAUAAGAAUUACCCUGAAAGAUAAAGAUCGAUUUUCAGAAGAUAAUGGGAACCAUUCCACUUCUAAAAGGGAUAUAAUUAGAAAAAUGGUUGAUCAUCUUUUUUUAAAAAAUGAAAGAAAUUACAGAAAUCUAUGGUGUAGAGGAGAGGGAAUGAACUGAAUUUCUCGUGAUGGGAAUGGAUUUGAAAUAUUGACUACGUGUAUAUAUUUGAUUAAUAAAUAUUUUCAUAAAAUA